AUGGCGGGAAGUGAGCAGGCAGCUGGGCAGAGGUGCCUGCUGUGUCGUGCAAGGAGCCGGGCAGAGACCUCUUGCCCUGCCCGGGGCAUCCUGGGGCAGCCCAUCGCCCGGCGGGUUUCAGGCCUCGAUGUGAACACGUGCAAAGAGCACGCAAAAACCAUCCAGCCUUUUCCCAGGGCUGUUGAAUUGCCCCUUGUCUGCGACCUCCGGGAACGCUUUAGGCUGCGCAGGAGCGCAUUGACCGUCAGAUUCAUCACCAGGAGAUUCAUUGGAGACUACGACCCGACCCUGGAAAUGAUUUACAGACACACGGCCGUCAUCGACGGGGAGAUGGUGCACUUCGAGAUCCUCGACACGGCAGGACAGGAGGAGGAUUCCCUGCAGAUAGAGGAGAAGAUCAAAUGGGGCGACGGCUUCGCUGUGGUCUACUCGGUGACGGACCGGUGCAGCUUCGACGAGGUCAUGCGGCUGUGUUUCCUCAUCAACCACAUCCACUCCAGCCCCAAGCGGAGCAGUGGGGGCGAGCAGCCCCCCGUGGUCAUCGUGGGCAACAAGAAGGACCUGCAGUUCGACAGGAUGGUGUCCACGGAGGACGGCGAAAACCUCUCCAAAGCCCUGAAGCUUCCUUUCUACGAGAUCUCCACCCGGGACAGCUAUGAGGAGACGGUGGCGGUGUUCAACACCCUCUACCAGGAGCUCAUGAGACAGGGGCACUUCUCCCCGGGCUCCUUCAAGAGGAGGACAGUGUCGAAGCUGAUGGAGAAGAUCCCGAAGAUGCAAGCCAGCUCCACCUUGAACUCAGCGGGCCGGAGCCUCAGCUUUAACUCCUUCAGGGACUACAUCCCCGAGUGA